AUGCUGCAGCUGUUGACAUUCCUGGUGGAAAAGCUCUGCCUUCUCUCCAAAUUCAAACUUUUUGAGUCCAGCUGGUCGGAUGGUGUGGACCACGACCGGGAGCGUUACGCGCAGCGCGGUCCCACAACGCCUCUCCGGAGGGGAGACCUGCUGGAGGUCCCCAGAACCAUUUUCAGCCACUACGGCAUUUAUUUAGGUGACAAUAAAGUCGCUCACCUGAUCCCCGACAUCCUUCCUGUGCUGACGAACGACAAGAAGCUCAUCGGUUCUGUGAUCACGAACAAGAGGCUCAUCCUCGGAUGCAUAUACAGGUGUGCCACGGUGCGCGUGGACACAUUAGAGGACUUUGCAUAUGGCUCCAAGAUACUGGUUAACUCUAUGGAUAAGAUGAUGAAGAACCGCGCACUUUCCAACGAAGAGGUCGCCAAGGGAGCUGAAAAACUAAUCGGAGCGUUUCCUUACAGUCUGCUGUGGAAUAACUGUGAACACUUUGCCACAUAUUGCAGAUACGGAUCUGCAGUGAGCCGGCAGACAGAGCAGUUCUGUGAGUGCUUGAAAUCAAUCAUCAGAGACCAGCGCAGCGUGAUUGUCACAGUCCUGCUUGGAAUUAUCUCCAUUGUCAAUUUCGGUAUGGCGCCCUCAACUACAUUACCCAUAAUCUUCAUUCCCUUUACUCUGUGGAUGGCUGGUUGAAGGAACCUGCAAACAAACUGAACUUGAACUGCCUGCUUGUCAUGUGAUGCCUUAUAACUCUGCUUUACAACCAUACUUUCAUUUUGUAUUGUGUAG